AUGUGGACUUCUCCCAACCGCUACGCCCUCCUUGGUCUCCAUGCUCACUAUCUCGACGCUUCCUAUAAGGUUCAAUCGCGGCUUCUUGCCCUCCGUCGCGUGUGGGGAUCUCAUUCCGGAGACAACCAAGCAACGACAAUAUAUGGCGUCCUCGGCGAGUACGGGAUACGCGACCGGAUUGGCGCGGGUGUCUGCGACAAUGCCUCGUCAAAUGAUACAUGGUUGGUGAGCCUCUUUCGUCAACUGUCUCCUGCGAUGACCGAGGAGGACAUUAGGAACCAUCGAACAAGAUGCUUUGGACAUAUGACCGGCCUUGCAGGUCGAGCGCUUCUCUGGGGAGAAGAUGCUGACUCGUUUGAACGAGAAGCCUUCACAGAGGCGGCCUUCCAAGUUGAAGAGCGUGAACUUCGACUUCGGCGAAAACGCGGCGCCGUCGGCAAGCUGCACAACAUCGUCCGAUUCUUAGGGCUUCUCCGCAACGGCGAGAGUUGA